AUGAAUGUGGGCCGUGUGGCCCGGCUUUCCAGGGCUUCUCGGCGAAGCGGCGGCGUUUUGCUUCUUUUCUCCUGGCUCUUAUUGGCAGGGCCAGAAAGGCUCUUUGGAUCCGCCAGGGAGAGGUUGUUUCUGCAGCCCGGCGUCCGGCAAAGGGUGAAGGACACAGCUCGACGAAGAAAUGCCUUAGCCGGGCUACUGUCUGGAACUGUGGUGGCCACUGAAGGUCCUGCGCAUGGAGCUGUGAGCGGACCACCUGUGGAUAUGUACUUUGGGCAGGGCUCCUUCUGGCAAGUGCAGAGUGAUUGCACUUCAUUAGAGUCCCAGCUCUUGGGCCGCGCUGGUACUGCGAUCACAUCGAUUAGUGGCUAUGCCGGGGGGCAGCCGGUCAACAAUCAGCUGGUAUGUUAUCAUAAUCUGGAGUAUCCGCGACGAGACUAUGCCAUCCUGGGGCAUGCGGAGGCAGUUCAGGUUGCAGGCGUACCGCCCGACAAAGUCGUCGACUUUGCGAGGUCCUUCCUGGAUUCGGUGCCAGUGCCCGUGAAUGAGAGUGACAGCGACCGCAAGGGCGAGGAAGGAGAGAGCGAGGACGGAGUACGUCGAGGCCCGGAGUAUCGGGCGAUGCUGGGUCUGCCCGGAGGUUCGGAGUCGCCCUACUUCAAGGACAUCUUGGAGGCUAGCGGGGGUCGCCUCAAGCUGGCGGUGGGAAAGGGCGGUGAUCCAAGCACUGCUGGCACUGAUGUCGUCUGGAGCCGCUGCUGCAUGAGCAGUCUCGACGUCGGACAAACAUUUUCACAGAGCUUUGCGAGGACAGAGAGGGAGAGUCCAAGGAUCUACGACUCCUCCAAGUUCCCAUUCUACCAGGCCGAGCUUUACCACCAGUUUCACGAGCCGGACACCUCCAAGAAGUCCGCUCUCAAGGGAGAGAAGUACAAGGCCCUGAGAGAAGCACUCCUCCGGCGGGGGCGGCUGCAGCCCGUGAGCUGCCCGGAGAGUGAGAUCGAAGCCUCCUCAGGCGCCGUUGACGAGGUGGAGGAUUCCCUCAACUUCGGGGGCUCUGGGGAUGACCCCUUCGAACCCGUCCUAGGCUUUCUUGGCAAGCCGAAUGCUCCCACUCCGCCGAGCAUGAAGCGAGUCCAAAAGGACUUUGUCAAAUAG